AAUAUACCCCAACCAUCUAUUACUUAUACUACUAGAACACCACAUCUCAAAUAUACCUCAACCAUUCAACCAUCUAUUACUUAUACUACUAGAACACCACAUCUCAAAUAUACCUCAACCAUUCAACCAUCUAUUACUUAUACUACUAGAACAUCACAUCUCAAAUAUACCUCAACCAUUCAACCAUCUAUUACUUAUACUACUAGAACAUCACAUCUCAAAUAUACCUCAACCAUUCAAUCAUAUAUUACUUAUACUACUAGAACACCACAUCUCAAAUAUACCUCAACCAUUCAACCAUCUAUUACUUAUACUACUAGAACACCACAUCUCAAAUAUACCUCAACCAUUCAAUCAUAUAUUACUUAUACUACUAGAACACCACAUCUCAAAUAUACCUCAACCAUUCAACCAUCUAUUACUUAUACUACUAGAACACCACAUCUCAAAUAUACCUCAACCAUUCAACCAUCUAUUACUUAUACUACUAGAACACCACAUCUCAAAUAUACCCCAACCAUCUAUUACUUA